GACAUCUCAGCCGCGCGCGCAACGGGGCGCUCUCGCGAGCCCGCCGAACAAAAGGAGAGGGCGGCAGGGAGGGGGUGGGUGUUAUCGUGAUCUCGCGAGAUCUCGUGGCCGUUCUCCCCCUGAGGGGAGCGGGCCGCCACGGGGGUGGGGGAACCUCGCGGUAUCGCUAGCAAAGCCCGGGCGAGCCAGCGGGUGCUGCGCGGGACCGGCGCCCCAAGUCUCGCGACAGCUGCGGAGCGCCCUUCACCGAGGGCUGAGCUGCGGAGGCCGGUCCAGGUCUCGCGAUAGCCCUUCCCCGCCGGCGCAGCGCCGUUCGGCUUCUCUCGCGAUAGCGCUGGGCAGGAGGAAGGGGGGGGGGGAGGGGAGCGCUCGGGCAGGGGCGGUAGCGUGCGCGCUGAGGUCAGGCGGGGGGCGGGGACUAUAUAAAGGCCGGGGCCGAGGCGGGGGGGGGGCUCAGUCAGGAAAAGCGAUUCGUGGUGAACGAGCGGCAGCAGCGGCGAGGUCCCAGCCCGGCGAAUCUGAAUUUCUCGAGGCGGAGCGGGACACCCCGAGACGAUCUCUCGUUAUGAGUCAUGUGGCGGUGGAAAAUGCCCUCGGUCUAGACCAGCAGUUUUCUGGUCUAGACUUGAAUUCCUCAGACUCUCAGAGUGAAGGAAGCUCUUCAAGCAAAGGCCGAUACAUUCCUCCUCACUUGCGGAACAGGGAAGCUUCAAAACAGGGUUUUGAUAGUGGUGGCUGGAGUUCUAGCAGAGAUAAGGAUGCAUACAGCAGCUUUGGUGCACGGUCUGACCGUGGAGCAAAGUCAAGCUUCUUUGAUCGUGGAAAUGGAUCACGAGGAGGAAGAUAUGAAGAGCGUGGAAGAGGUGGCGACUAUGAUAGGAGUGGCUUUGGUAGAUUUGACCGUGGUGGGAAUAGCCGCUGGUCUGACAAAUCAGAUGAAGAUGACUGGUCAAAGCCUCUUCCCCCAAGUGAACGCCUGGAACAAGAGCUCUUUUCAGGAAGCAAUACUGGCAUUAACUUUGAGAAGUAUGAUGACAUUCCUGUUGAAGCAACAGGCAGCAACUGUCCUCCACAUAUUGAAAGUUUCAGUGAUGUUGACAUGGGAGAAAUUAUUAUGGGAAACAUUGAGCUCACACGCUACACCCGUCCUACUCCAGUCCAGAAACAUGCAAUACCUAUUAUUAAAGAAAAGAGAGACUUGAUGGCCUGUGCUCAGACAGGGUCUGGGAAAACGGCUGCGUUUCUUCUACCAAUAUUGAGCCAGAUCUAUGCAGAUGGCCCUGGUGAUGCCUUGAGAGCUAUGAAGGAGAAUGGAAGGUAUGGGCGCCGCAAGCAAUAUCCAAUCUCGCUGGUCUUGGCUCCCACUAGAGAAUUGGCUGUGCAAAUCUAUGAGGAAGCCAGAAAGUUUGCAUACCGUUCCAGAGUUCGUCCCUGUGUUGUAUACGGUGGUGCAGACAUUGGUCAGCAGAUACGUGACUUAGAACGUGGAUGUCACUUGCUUGUAGCAACUCCAGGACGACUGGUUGAUAUGAUGGAGAGGGGGAAGAUUGGACUGGAUUUCUGCAAAUACCUAGUGCUUGAUGAAGCUGACAGAAUGCUUGAUAUGGGGUUUGAACCUCAAAUUCGUCGGAUUGUUGAACAAGAUACUAUGCCACCAAAGGGUGUUCGUCAUACCAUGAUGUUCAGUGCUACUUUCCCCAAGGAAAUCCAGAUGCUAGCUCGUGACUUCCUGGAUGAAUAUAUCUUUCUGGCUGUUGGCAGAGUAGGUUCUACAUCUGAAAAUAUCACACAGAAAGUAGUAUGGGUGGAAGAGUCAGACAAACGAUCAUUUCUGCUCGACCUGCUAAAUGCUACAGGCAAGGAUUCCUUGACUCUGGUGUUUGUGGAAACUAAAAAGGGUGCAGAUGCUCUUGAGGACUUCUUGUACCAUGAAGGAUAUGCCUGUACAAGUAUACAUGGAGAUCGCUCUCAAAGAGACAGAGAGGAAGCACUGCACCAGUUCCGUUCGGGCAAGAGCCCAAUUCUUGUUGCCACAGCAGUAGCAGCAAGAGGACUGGAUAUCUCAAAUGUAAAGCAUGUCAUAAACUUUGACUUGCCAAGUGACAUUGAAGAGUAUGUACAUCGUAUAGGUCGUACAGGCCGUGUAGGAAACCUUGGUCUUGCCACCUCAUUCUUCAAUGAGAGGAACAUAAACAUCACCAAGGACUUGCUUGAUCUUCUUGUUGAGGCUAAGCAAGAAGUACCAUCUUGGCUGGAAAACAUGGCUUAUGAACAGCAUCACAAAGGAGGUGGUAGCCGUGGGCGAUCUAAGAGCAGUAGGUUCAGUGGAGGAUUUGGUGCCAGAGACUAUCGAACAAGUAGCGGUUCUGGCAGCAGUAGCUUUAGUAGCAGUCGAUCAACCAGCAGCCGCAGUGGAGGAAGUGGCAGCAGAGGAUUUGGAGGUGGUGGUUAUGGAGGCUUCUACAACAGUGAUGGAUAUGGAGGAAACUAUAACUCCCAGGGGGUUGACUGGUGGGGCAACUGAAUCUGCUUGCAGCAGAUAUCCUACCAAACAAGCUAAUAUGGAAACCACAUGUAACUUAGCCAGACUAUACCUUGUGUAGCUUCAAGAACUCGCAGUACAUUACCAGCUGUGAUUCUCCACUGAAAUUUUUUUUAAGGGAGCUCAAGGUCACAAGAUGGAAACAAAGGAACAAGUAGCCCUAUCUUGAAGGUGGUUUUGAAGACUCUAUUGCUGUAGUCAGGAUUAACUCCCCUCCCACCCAUCCCCACCCAGAAACUGCAUUUAUAAUUUUGUGACUGAGGAUCAUUUGUUUGUUAAUGUACUGUGCCUUUAACUUUAGACAACUUUUAUUUUGAUGUCCUGUUGGCUCAGUAAUGCUCAAGAUAUCAAUUGUUUUGACAAAAUAAAAAUUACUGAACUUGGGCUAAAAUCAAACCUUGGCACACAGGUGUGAUACAACUUAAACAGGAAUCACUGAUUCAUCCAUAAUAUUACAAAGAAAAACUUAUGCGGUAGCCUGCAUUAGGGCUUUUGGUAUCUGCAGAUUUGAAAAAUAAAACAUCUUGAAGCAUAUCAAUGCAAUUAGUUUCUAAUGUGGCAAAACUGUACUAAGUUAAAGUUCUGAUUUGCUCACUCUAUCCUGGAUAGGUACUUAGAACCUGAUAGCCUUUAAUAAGCCAUUCCAGUCAUGAUGAGAUGAUGUAUGGAUACAUGCAUACAUUAAAAGCACUGUUUUUGAAGUUAAUGCAAGUAAAUACAGCAAUUCCUUUUUCAAUAUUUAGGCAGAUCAUUAAUGUGAGCUAGCCAAAUGUGGGCAGAACAUUACAGGGAACGUUUAAAGGUCUGAUAACUUGAAAUAGUUUUUAGGAGAAUUCAUCUAUUUAGACUUUUUAAAAAUGCCUGCCAUAUGAAAUUGAAAUGGUAGAAUGGCUGACCAUGGCAGUGAUUGGUCCUCCUUAAGGGCCUGACUGAAUUUUUGGUCUAAUAACGCAUGCUAGUGUUGAUGUUUUUUGGUCAAGAGGGUAUGAACAGGAAGAAUUAUGCAGCAGGCUUUAUUUUAAUGCAGAUUCACAUUACUCUGUUCAAGCUGCGUGGAGAUGUUAAACUGGCUUACUGUAGACUUUGUAAAAUGGCUCCAGAAGAGUAACAAACAAACCUGAGAUCACAGAGGUUGGAAAUGUACAUAAACUGCACAAGGUUUCAAUUCUGCUAUUAAAGUGCAGUUUUAGUCAGUUUUAGUUGCAUAGGUUUCCAUUGUAUUUAUAGUCUGUUUAUGCUAAAUCUGGCCAAAGAUAAGUAUUGUCCACCAGAAAAAUGCCUCUGCCACUUGGAAUUUCUGUGCUAACUUUGUGGCCAGAGCAGUUAACAACUAAUCUACAGUGGCGUAGGAAAAUGGCAAAAAUCUCCUAAAGUGCAAUAGAUUUUUUCAAGUGUAUUGUGCCUUGUUCUAAAACUUUUAUUAAGUAGGUGCACUUGACAGUAUUGAGGUCAUUUGUUAUGGUGCUAUUUCAAGUCUAGGUUUAGGCCCUUGUACAUUUUGCCCAUAACUUUUUACAAAAUACUUCUUUUAUUGCACAUUCAGAGAAUUUUAUAUAUGUCUUGUGUGCGUGUCCUUAACUUCCAAUCUUAUUUUGUCUCUUGGAGAUUGAACGCAGCUUGUUUAAGGAGAAGGAAAUAGAUUCUAAAACUUAUUUGGGACCAUGGGAAUGAUAGCUGGGAAGAAAACUAUUUGCACACGACAGAUUUCUAGAUACUUUUUGCUGCUAGUUUUGUGUAAUAUUUAUUGAACAUUUUUGACAAAUAUUUAUUUUUGUAAGCCUAAAAGUGAUUCUUUGAAAGUUUAAAGAAACUUGACCAAAAGACAGUACAAAAACACUGGCACUUGAAUGUUGAAUGUCACCGUAUGCGUGAAAUUAUAUAUUUCGGGGUAGUGUGAGCUUUUAAUGUUUAAGUCAUAUUAAACUCUUAAGUCAAAUUAAGCAGACCCGGCAUUGGCAGUGUAGCCAUAACUUUCUGAUAGUAAAACAAAAAUUGGCAACUUAAAAUUAAACAUGCCAAGGUUUUGAUACACUUGUCUUAAGAUAUUAAUGAAACACUUCUAAACACUGAUGUGAAGUGUCCAGAUUCUCAGAUGUUUGUUGCGUGAGUUUUGUUUAGUUGUGUGUUUUUUUUUUUUCAGUGAAUGUCUGGCACAUUGCAAUCCUCAAACAUGUGGUUAUCUUUGUUGUAUUGGCAUAAUCAGUGACUUGUGCAUUUUAGCAAGUUUUAUCAGCCAGCAAUAUUUUCAGUUCAGAUACAAGGAUUCAAAACAAUAUGCAAGAAUGGAUUUAAACUUGCUGAAUGUGAAAAUUGAACUUCAAGUCACUGUAGGUUUAGAAUUGCUUAUUGUAUUAGUUUAGAUGCUAGCACUGCAUGUGCUGUGCAUAUUCUUGAUUUUAUUAAAAUAAAAAAGUUGAACUGCA